AUGGCUAAGGUACUGCAGGCGAAUCUACAACGAUGCAGAACAUCGCUCGAUCUACUUCUGGCACGGAGAAAAGACUGCAGAAUAGAUAUUGUUCUGGUUUCAGAACAAUACCAUUCAGAGUCCGGACCACAUUGGUUCUGUGACCCAUCGGGCACAGCGGCAAUUUGGAUUCCGGACCUGGGGUCUGGGUUUGUAAAAGAUAGUGGAUCCAGAGAUGGUAUUGUAUGGGUAGUUACGCCCGCGAUCACCUUCGUGUUGUGCUAUUUCACACCCAAUGAGCCUAUUGCGGCCUUUCGAAGGAGAGUGAAUGAACUCGAAAGAGUCAUUCGCAAUCUUGAGGAAGAAGUCGUGGUAGGUGGUGAUUUCAAUGCGAAAUCUACCAAUUGGGGGAUGGAAUGGACCGACACGCGUGGGUCUGCACUCUUAGACAUGAUGGCAGGUUUUGAUCUUGUCAUUAUGAACAAGGGAAACACGGUAACUUUCCGGAGAGUUGGUACACGUGGGUCUAUUGUAGAUCUUACAUUUGCUACUCAACGGAUAGCUGCUGUGAUCUCGGACUGGGCCGUUCUUGAGGAGUUUACAGCAAGCGAUCACCAAUACAUCUCGUAUACGGUCCACGAUCUACGGGGGAACCCUGCGAUAGUGUACCAGCGUUCAAUGAAGUGGGUGGGUUGGAAAGUUUCUGGGCUGGAUGAGGGUGCUUUACAAAAAGCGGUCUCUGACAGGGUCGAGGCUUUUCUUCCUCUGCCUGCUGAGACGCGCGAAGAUGUGGAGAUGAUUGUUGACCGUACGAUGAAAGCUUUCGUCUCAGGCUGCGACGCUGCUAUGCCUCGACGUUCCGCAAGCUCACACAGGAAGCCAGCUUACUGGUGGACUGGUGAGAUUGAGCUGCUCAGGGCUGAGUGUUUGCGUCUUUGGAGGCAAGCACUCAGGACGCGAAAGCGUGAUACUGGGCAGCAGAAAAACGAAGAGUAUAAGGCGGCGAAGAAGCGACUGGUCAUGGCGAUCAAGGAAAGCAAAGGGAGAGGCUGGAAGGCGGUCUGCGAAAAAGUAGAAAAUGAUCUAUAA